ACUAAUAAUUCUCUCCUACUCCUCCUUCUAGUCAAGAACGAAAAGAAAGAUAGAUUUCUAAUAUCAAUCAAUUUUAAGUUCGAAAAAUGAUGAAGUUGAUCAAAUUCAUGAUUGUUCUAGCCACUACAAUGUCCCUCACCAUCUCUCUACUCACCAUGCACAAAUCAAACAUCUCUGAACUUUCAGACGCGAAAGUACCCCAGGUGAAGAGGGUGAAAAUAAGUCGUUUUCUUGCUCAGCAAGAAAUCAAGAACCCUAGAGCAGCCGAUCACUGCCACAAAGACAACGAAAUAUGCCACGUGUUGGAAGGUGGUGGAAACUCGACAUGUUGCAACAACAAGUGCAUUGAUUUAGGGUACGAUGAUCAUAAUUGUGGUGCAUGCAAGAAAAAAUGUCCUUUCACAGAGACUUGUUGUAGAGGGGAAUGUGUGAAUUUAUCUUAUGAUAAGAGGCAUUGUGGAUAUUGCAACAAUAGGUGUAUGCAAGGAGGAUAUUGUUUCUAUGGCAUGUGUGAUUAUGCCUAAAUAUAUAAGGUCUGUCAAUUUAUACAUAUGAAAAUAUUCAUUUUUACCAAUAAAAGAAAUAACCACAUAAUUAAUUUUGUGGUUUAUACUCGUAAGAAAGACGGGAUUUAUAUAUAUAUAUAUAUUGAUGUAUAACAAUUGUAUACUGAUUCUUCAUUGAGAGUGUAUAUUGCUAAGUAAUUUUUUGUGACAAUUUCUUGUAAUAGGGGAUAUAUGAUCAUGAAC